UUUUUGAAACAAAACCUAUUCAAAAAAUGAUACAUAGUUAAAUAAUAGAUUAUGAUUGCUUUGUCUUUGGCUCUAGUUGUCAAUAUAAUGUUCAUAAAAACUGUUACAUGUAAAAAUUUGUUGCGAAUUUUUUGUCUUCCCCCGCGCAAGCAUGCUCUAAUACUGUCACAUUAACGCGGUAUUUUCUAACUGACCCAAUUAAACGUAUUUGUUAAUUUAGAAUUAAGGAUAGCGCUCUGAGGUCUGAAACACCUCACCUAUUUUCCGGGAGGAGAAACGGUAGCCAAAUGGUAGACGCGUGGGAAGAGGGAUGGGCCCCAAGCCGAGGCCACUGGGUUGUGUUCUUGGGCAAGACACUUUACUCUGUAUUUUCUCUCUACCAAGGUGGAAAACCUGACGUCAGGGACCUUAAUCCUGGUGUAAUCCAGUCCGCGGGACAGGACAAAUAUUUUUGGUCGAUUCAUGCCAUGGAAGCCGGAUGAUUUGGUUAUCGCAAACACAAACGGGUCAUGUUUCUCCCAAGACGAUUUGUACACUGAGCCGGUCACAGACGACCAAAAAAGGAAUCUUCGGGCACAUUACAUGGGGCUAGUCAAAGGGAAUCAAGAUUCAUUGCACCAGAGUGCGGCGGCUAGGUCUUCGAUAAACCCCGUUUAUGAAAGCUCCGACUACAGGAAUGCAGAGGCGGAACCGCCUUUAUAUAUGGAAUUAGAGAAAGAAACUCCCUUAGGGGAAGACGCUGCUGCCGAUGCUGUGUUAAACCCCAUAUAUAACAGGUUCGUUUGCCUCUUUUUAGUGAACUUUGAGCUAUUUUAUUUUAAUCGACUUCUCUCCUCUCUCGGCGGGGACUUACAAUUUUUUCUUUGUCCCAUACUCUUCACCAAGUGAAUAAAAUUUACUUAUUUGAGUUGGACUAAGUUUAAUGUCAAUCACCUUUGCAUUUAUUUAUAACUAUACUCGACGCUUUCGUGUUUCGUGUUAUCAACCUUAGCAGUAGAUAAAAAUAAAUAAAUAAAUAAACAAAUAAAUACGGUAAUUGACCAUUCCGACUUUUUAAGGCUUAUGGAAACAAAAAAUGAAACAAAUAAUGUAAAUGAAGAUAACUUUGUCAAAAAUUCCAGCUCUAUAAUUCUUUAUGCAGAACUUAGAAACAUCAAGUAAUUACUGUUACCAUUACUCCCGUCAAUAUCCUUUUGU